UUUAACGUGGCUGCUUUUCACAGUUUGACUCGCACUUUCAGGCAAGCAGAUGUCUUUGAGGAAUUACACACAAACAACCGACUCAAACAGAGAAAUACCUCUCUCACUGCCCUCCCCCUUACAAUACGGUUGAUGGAUUCAGCAGAGCAGAUGGAUGCUUCUAGAAGGUGAGAGGUGCUGCGGUCGUGGGUCUCAGGUGAAAAGCUGCAGGGAGCCAGGAAGAUGGAGCAGGCUCAUAGUUUACUGCUCAACGAGGAGGCCUGCAGUCAGCUGCCGGAGCACCAGAGGGCUGAGUUCGUCUUCGAGUGGCUGCGCUUCCUCAAGAAACUUCUCCCUGCCACAGACCGGGCUGAUGUAAAACAGAAACAGAAGCGUCUGGUGGAGCAGCUGACGACAGUACUGACGAGUUCUCCGGGUCCCCCGACGCGUCUGCUGCUGGCACAGUGCCUAGCGCUAGUGUAUCGAGUGGGCGACUCCCUCACGUCCAGCCUCACUGUGGACCGCUGUAAUGAUAUCAUCCGCAGCAAGGAUGACUCUCCCAGCUUCCUGCCUACCCGACUGGCAGCUGUGGCGUGUUUGGGUGCGCUGUAUGAGCAGCUGGGCCGACUGCUCAUCAACUCAUUUAAAGAGACCACAACAAACCUUCUGAAAGCUAUGAGGAGUGCAGAGUCUCAGGGUCGCUGUGAGAUCAUGCUGUGCGUUGAGAGGAUUCUGAGGGGUUUAGGUGUAAGUGCUGUAUCCUGUCACAGAGACAUCUAUAAAGCUGCUCGCACUGGUCUCACUGAUCGCUCCAUGGCUGUGCGCUGUGCUGCUGCAAAGUGUCUUUUGGAGCUCCAGCGAGAGGCUGUCUUCCUGUGGUCCACAGAGCUGGAGAAUGUGGCCACUCUUUGUUUCCGAGCGCUUGAGGGCUCAAACUACGAUGUCCGAGUCAGCAUCUCAAAGCUGCUUGGCACUUUAUUAGCAUCAGCACUGGAGCCCAGACAGGCUAUAGCUCCGAGGCCGGGCUCCAAGCGCAGCUCCCUGGAGGAGGUGAUGGAGCUUCUGAGCUCUGGUUUCCUGCGGGGUGGAGCUGGCUUCCUGCGGGCCAGUGGAGACAUGCUGAAAGGGACCAGCUCAGUCAGCAGAGAUGUGCGCGUGGGCAUCACACAGACAUGUGUGGUGUUUGUGUCUAUUCUGGGUGGUGUGUGGCUGGAGACGCACUUCUCCAGACUUCUUUCUCUCCUCAUGGAGUGGGCAUCUCACACGCGGGCCACACAAUACCCAGCAGAUGCUGUGUCUUGCCGCUGCUGUGUCUCCUUCAUAUUGCGGGCCACUCUUGGCACUCUGCUAGGGGAAAAGGCCCAAAUUGCCGCUGCCAAGGAGAUCUGUCAAGUGAUCAGCAAACAGAAGAGGGUUGUGGAUGCAUCUCUUCAUGAAGGAAACAUGGAAACGCGUGUGAGCCCUGCGGAUGUUGCAGCCAGUCAGCAUGUGUUGGUGUGUGCCCUGCUGGAGCUGGGCAGUUUGGUACAGGACCUGAGCUCUACUGCUGCUCCAUUGUUGCAGGACACUGGAAUAGGAAUGUUGGACACCGUGAUCUCUGUUCUUCUUCACCCCAGUGCAUCUGCUCGUCUGGCCUCCGCCUGGUGCCUACGGUGUAUUGCCGUAGGGAUGCCAGCUCAGGUGGCGGUGUUGCUAGACCGCUGUGUAGAGAGGCUCAAUGCCCUGAAGUCAUGCCCAGAGGCCGUGGCAGGAUACAGUGCUGCCAUCGCUGCUCUGCUGGGGGCCGUACAGCUCUCUCCGCUGGGAAUAUCACAUUCAAAGGGCAAGAUGGUGAUGACUUUGGCUGAAGAUCUGCUGAGAUCUGCAGCUCAGAACAGCAGAAUCUCCAUUCAGCGCACUCAAGGAGGCUGGUUGCUGCUCAGUGCCCUCUCAACACUAGGUCCCACUGUAAUGGAGCAUCACUUGCCUCGAUUGCUGUUACUGUGGAAAUGUGCCUUCCCGCUGUCUGUAAAGGAUGUGGAGAUGGAGCUGCGGCGUGGAGACUCUUUCACCUGGCAGGUGACCCUGGAGGGUCGGGCAGGAGCACUGUGUGCAAUGAAGAGUCUGGUGGUUCAUUGUAAAGAGCUUCUCACUGAUGAUGUCAUCUGUCGCUUUGUUCCUCUCCUGUCCUGUGCGGUGGCCCUACUAACUCAGCUGCCGUCUAUUAUUAAAUCUUAUGGAAAUCAGAUAAAAAAUGCAGCAACAGUCUUUAAAUUAAGAUUGUAUGAGAUCCUCAAGUUGCUUCAACCUAAAAUCUAUGAAGAGAGUUUUGGCACAGUUCUAAAGCAGCUGCUGAAUGAUCUGACCGGGCCAGAAAUCACAGCAUGUGCUGAGCGGAACCUGCUGCCCUCCCUGUGCUACAGCCAAGACCUUGCUCUGCUGGGUCCCGGACUGCAGGAUAUGGAUCAGCGCUAUAUAGAAGAGCAGCUGCAUGGAGGUGGUUCAGGAGGUGGGACACUAGAAUAUGACUCAUUUACCAUCUUUGAGAAAUCUCAGGAGGUUCCUACUCCGCUCCCUCCAGCCUCAGCUCUAACAGUGGCUGCUGUCCAGCUGUUUGGAGUGAUUUUUCCCCACCUGAGUGUCCAGCAGAGGGCUCAGGUCCUGGAGCAGUUUUGUGAAUUUGUGCGACAGCUUAAAGGAGCUCGGCAGCAAACAGUCCAAAUACACGUAACUGCUGCUUUCUUUUGCACUUUGAAGAGUUUGGCAUCAAGUCGGAGCGAAUUGGGGCCAGAGGAGGUCCAAAGACCAGCAUUGUCUCUCCUGUUGGGGGCGUUGGAGGGCUCAAACCCUCUACUGCGCUGCAUGGCUGCAGAGGGUUUAGCAAGGCUGGUGCAAGUUCUUAAUGACCCCGGCUUCACAGUUUCCCUCACUCUCAUGAGCUUUGACAAACUGAAGACAGCAAGGGAUGCCAUCACACGCACAGGCCAUGCCUUGGCCCUCGGAACGGUUUACCGUUAUCUUGGUGGGAUUAGCUCCCCUCAGUACCUCAGUGCCUGUGUUGGGGUUCUUUUUACCCUGUCCCAGGAUAAUACCUCACCAGAAGUAAAGAUGUGGGCUCUUCAUGCUCUGUCCACUGUGGUGGACCUAGCAGGUCCUUUGUACCACAGUCACCUGGAGGCCAGCUUCACUCUGGUGCUGCGUUUGCUCCUCUCUACCCCACACACACACAUGGAGGUGCAGCAAAGCCUGGGCCGCUGUCUUAACGCCCUCAUCACCUCUGUGGGGCCGGAUCUGCAAGGUGAGGGUGCAGGUGUGUGUGCGGUGAGGACCUCGUGUUUGGUGGGCUGUGCUGUGAUGCAGGAUAGCCAGGACUGUUUAGUCCAGGCUCAGGCCAUCUCUUGCCUCCAGCAGCUGCACAUGUUUGCGCCACGCUUCGUCAAUCUGUCCAGCCUUGUGCCAAGUCUCUGUGAGAUCUUGUUGGAUUAUUCUGUGUUGAUAAAUCUGUGCAGCUCAUACCUGUCUCUGCGGCGAGCGGUUGUGGCCUGUUUAAGACAGCUGGCUCAGAGAGAGGCAGUGGAGGUAUCGGAACACGCAGUGGCUCUGGUUAAAGAGCUUCCCCGCAGAGACAACACACAGCUGGAUGUCACUAUUAAGGAGGUGGGCUUGGAGGGAGCUUUGUUCAGUCUCCUGGACAGGGAGUCGGAUCCCCGCCUGUGCAGAGACAUUCAGGAAACACUGGUCCAUAUGAUGAGUUCAGCAGCUGAGAGUAAGCUGGCCCACUGGCUGAAGCUCUGCAAAGAUGUACUGUCCGCUUCUGCAGACUCCGCUGCAGCCGCCUCUGUAGAAACCCAGCAAGAGGAGGAUGGAGAUCGAUAUGAUGACUCCUCUGCAUUCCAUGCAAAAUCUGAGUCCAGCGGGCCCUUCAAUAACCUGCGCUGGUCCACUCGUGUGUUUUCUAUGGAGUGUGUGUGUCGCAUAAUAGCACAGUGUGAGAACAGAGACUCAGCUCACUUUAACAUGGCACUUGCUCAAGAGCAGCGUUUACAUGAGUCCACAGAUUUCCUGGUUCUUCACUUGGCGGAUCUGAUCCGCAUGGCGUUCAUGGCAUCCACAGACCACAGUGACCAGCUCCGACUGGCUGGUUUGCAAACGCUUCUGGUCAUUAUUCGUAAAUUCUCCAAUGUACCAGAGCCUGAGUUCCCUGGGCAUGUCAUUCUGGAGCAGUAUCAAGCCAAUGUUGGAGCUGCGCUUAGACCUGCCUUCCAUGUGGACGCUCCUCCAAACGUGACCGCCAAAGCUUGCCAGGUCUGCAGUGCAUGGAUCGCCAGUGGGGUCAUCAGUGACCUGCGGGACCUGAGAAGGGUACAUCAACUUUUGGCAUCCUCUCUGGCCAAAGUGCAGGUGGGGAGAGAUGUUCCCAGUCAGCUCUAUAAUGAAAGCACCUUCACCAUGGAGUCGCUGGCGGUGCUCAAAGCCUGGGCGGAGGUCUACAUCACAGCAGUGCAGGGCUCUAGGCAGAGGGACAGUCCGGUCAGUCAUCAGCAGCAGCAGAGUGAGGAGGCUGGGACUGCAGGUCAAGCAGGGGCUGGUUUGCUCAAACUAGUUCAGACUGAUCUGGCAACCCUGAGUCGCCUAUGGCUGGCAGCCCUUCAGGAUCAUGCCCUGCUCACACUGCCCCCACACUACUCUAGUCAUCUUCCCUCCACAGGCGGCUCAUUUUACACUGCAGAAACGGUGGAACAGGCCCGUCCACAUUACUACAGUGCCUGGGCAACCAUUCUCCAUGCCACUGCCCUCUGGCUCAACAGCACCGGCUUUAUCGUGGUGGAUGAGGGCCCUGCAAACCUUUCCAGGCCCGUCACGCCCACUUCCAUGGGCCAGUCCACAUCACUGAGCAACGUUAAAUCUCCAGAGGACAUCAACAGUGAUCGCCUACACCUCAUCCUUGGGAUCAGUGUGGAGUUUUUGUGCUCUCCUCAUUCUGGAGACCAAAUGGAAAACAUUCAUUCAUGUCUUCAGGCUCUGCAGGCCUUAUUGGAGGUGCCUUGGCCUCGCUCAAAAGUGGGCAAUGAUCAGGCUCUGAGUGUGGAGCUGCUUAGCAUCCUGCAUAGGCUCAUAGUCACUCGGGAAUCUCCCAGCAUUCAGCUGGCUGUGCUGGAACUGGUGCAGCAGAUUAUUUGUGCAGCUCAGGAACACGUCAGAGAAAAACGCCACAGCGCAGAGGUGGAUGACGGUGCGGCAGAGAAGGAAACAGUUCCUGAGUUUGGUGAGGGACGAGACACUGGUGGCCUGGUGCCAGGGAGAUCUCUCGUGUUUGGAGCACUGGAGCUGUGUCUCUGCACGCUUGUGAGGAAGCUUCCGCAGCUCAGCCCCAAACUGACCGGCAGUCCCACGGGACGGGGAGGACAGACGUGCUCCCUCAGCGCCACUGACUGCAGACUCGUCACAUCUGCUCUGGCCAUCCUCUCUGAACUGCCCUCCAUCUGUUCACCAGAGGGCAGUGUGUCAGUGCUGCCCACAGUGCUGUAUCUGCUGCUCGGGGUUUUGAAAGAGGCAGUGAAAGGCUCUGUUGGAACUGAGAGUGGACAGCUGGUGUCAGGCAUCCUGCAGGCCCUGCGCACUCUUCUCACUUCUCCCAUGAGCAGAGCUGAGAAGAGUCGUGGGGCCUGGACUCAACUACUGCAAUGCGCACUUCACACACUCCUGGAGUCCUGGAGUACAGAUAAAGUGGAGCCUGGAGUAGAUGAGGUCACCAUGUUGACAUCGCUCACCAUCUUCCUGCUGUACGCCAGCGCUGAGGUCACCUCUGUAGAGCCACUGCAAACCCGCUGCAUCCAGACAUUCAGAGCAAGUCUGGACUCCAAAGACCCCGUGGUGCUGAGCAGGAGUUACCAGUUGCUAUUAUCUUUAUUUCAAGGCCCAGCGCCAGUAGCAAGGCCAUUUAUUCUGGCUCUAGGUGGUCGUCUGGUGUCUCAACUGGAGGAAGCUGAAAAGAGUCGUCCUCAAGGCCCAGCAGAGCUACAGGCCGUACAAGAUGCAAUCCGGGCCCUGGAAGCACUAGUGUUUGCUGCGGAUGAAACUCACCGUCCUCAGCUGGUGGCUGUGCUGCUGCCUAUCCUCAUCUCCCUCCUCUUAGAUGAGAAUGCUUUGGCAUCGGCUCCGGCGGCUUCUCGCUUGCUGCACGAAUCUGCCUUGAGAGACCUCAUGCGCAUCGGCCCCCAGCACUCGGCUGUCUUAAAAGCGCUGAUGGCCUCCGCUCCGCACAUGAAAGCCAGACUGGAAGCAGCAGUCAAGGGGAACCAGGAGAGCGUGAACUCUAAAGCACAAGCACCUCCAGCCAUCAGCAAAAACACACCCAGCAUUCAACUGAAGAUCAAUUUCCUCUGAAUCCAGUAUUACGAUAGAAAUGACUGAGUGAAUGUUUUAAUCAGUGGUGUUUUAACGAUAAAUCACUUUAAAACUUGUGUCAUUUAAUAAUUGUAGUCCGUUUCAGAAGUGCAUUAACCUCUAUGAGGAUAUUAAUACUUAUUUACUUACAGAACGCAAGGAAAGGGGUUUUACAGGAAUCGACUCAAUCCUGGAAGUGAAUGGCUUUCAUUUAUCUAUUUUAGUCAUCAUGCAGUUUUGUGAUGGGUUUUAUUAUUAUCUGUUUAAAGAAUGCAAAUCAUUAAUUUCUCAUCAACAUGCUGCAUUUCACAACUCAGCCUGGUGCAAAAUCAGCUGCUCUGCUGGUCGUCAGUUACUUACUGAAUUUUCAUAUACAGUUCACCACGUCGUCUAGUAGUUUUAAUUGCUUAAAGAUAGAUACAUGGGUUGUGAAUGUAUUUAUAAGAAAGCAUUACAAACAAAUGCUUUAAUUGUAUAACUUCACUGAUAUGUCUAAUAUAGCUGCACUGUGGAUGGAAGUGAUUUCUACUGCAUAUAAACCUGUAUGUAUUAAUCUAAAUUGAAGCAAAAAGUCACAUUUUAUGAUAUAAAAGCUCAAAAUGACAUCACUGUUUGUUAAUAAUAACAUUAAAAUUGAAGAAGGUGGUCAUGAAGUCAAUUUUACAUCAAGAAUUGUUACUUUUCAUGUCUAUUUAAACUAAUUUGGUAUGUUUUUUAUCAUAAUGUUAGUUUUUAUCUUAAAACUGAUUGUACUUUUUUUCUCAUCACAACUGUUAAUUUUAAUCUCAAUUAAGAUUUCACACCUCAUGAUUAUUUUAUUAUGUGGCUGAAAUGGGUUUUCAUGCAUUCGAAAUAGUAGUUUGAUUUUGUGUAUUGAGAUUAUGCAUGCAAAUCUGUGUUGGUGUCAUUUAUUACAGUUAAUCUAUUUUCACUUCUGACAUGCAGUUUAAGCAUUAGACUGAUCAUAAGUGAGCAAAAACAUUAAACAAGCAGCAGAAUAUUUAAUACACUAACAUACUACAAACAAGUUUACAAUGCAAGAAAACACAAAACACAUUCUUCCACAAAUAUUCUGUAGACUUAAGGUGCUGCUUUCUUCUAGAAGCUGUGAUGAUCAAUACAAUUAUGCAUUUGUAACCUUACAUUUUGUAUAAUGUAAAUUGUACAGAUUAUAUAAUAAUGCAAAAAUAACAUUUAUUUUCUGGUUAUAUUACAAGAAUAAAAUCUAGAUUUGCUUCAA